UUCAGUCCAAACCCAGGUACCUACGCUGUGAUUCGAAUGGAUCCAGUCGCCAUGGUCAAGGAAUUCAAUGAUCCUGAAGCCCUAGUCGCUGCGGAAGCCCUACAGACAAAGAAAUACCUCGUAUACCUUGAUUUCGAGAUGGAGCUUCCUUUUCCCAACCGGCCAUGGUAUCGGUACACCGUCCUACCAGUCGCCCCCUCGCUACGCCCUGAGGACAAAGCCGAGGGAUACGCUCCCGACAUGUGCGUUCCCAUCUUCCCAAACACAUCCCAUCCGCGGGGACGUACGCCCCUACGCACGGAGCCCGUAUUCCCGUACGACAACUGCUAUCAUUGGGUACAGUUCCAAACCGACAUUCGCGUCCGUGCGCGACCGGAGAAGUUCGAC